AUGGCUAAGCGCCGACAACCAGCAAGCUCACAGAAUGGGACUCUCCCAAAGAAGUCCAAAACCAGCAAUGGGGCUUCUAAUCUCCGUCAUCCUCACCCGUUGGCCGAGGAAGCUGAAACUAAUGGCAUCGUGCUGCGAAAAUACUACCCUCCAGAGAUGAGCACUGACCGUGCCCUCGCCUACAAUGCCAAUGAGAUUACCCGGCCAAUUGAGGAGCUUUACUCAGCCAUGGAGGAAACUGGAAGCUCAAGGAAGAAGAUAGACGUGAAAGACUCUGUCAUUCAUUGGUUCAAGAUGGAUCUGCGUCAAUCCGACAACAGAGCCCUGGCACUUGCCAGCGACAAGGCUCAGGCGGCCGGAGUUCCUCUCAUCUGCCUAUAUCUGGUCAGCCCACAGGACUUCGAGGCGCAUUUGAGAGCACCUGUACGCGUCGACUUCAUGUUACGGACCUUGGAGGUGUUGAAGCAAGAUCUGGCCAAACUGGAUAUUCCCCUCUAUGUCGAGACCGUCGAGAAGCGCAAAAAGAUACCUGACCGUGUACUGGAGCUGAUGGAAGAGUGGGGAGCGAACCACAUUUAUGCAAACAUGGAGUAUGAAGUUGAUGAGCUGCGAAGGGAGGCUCACAUGGUGCGGGAUUUGGCUGAGAAUGGCAAGUCAUUCGAGGUUGUGCAUGACUCCUGUGUUGUACCUCCUGGGAACCUCGCCAGCGGCUCCGGAAACCAAUACGCUGUCUACACUCCCUGGUAUCGUACAUGGGUUGCCCACGUUCAUGAAAAUCUCGACUUACUCGAGCUCUUUGAACCCCCAUCUAAGAAUGCAAGUGCGGCUCGCAGCAAGUACAAGGCUCUGUUCGACUGUCCUAUACCUGAGGCUCCUGAAAAUAAGUCACUGAGCGACAAAGAGAAGAAAAGGUUUCGUUCUAUUUGGCCCUGUGGAGAACAUGAGGCGAUGAAGCGACUUGAUAAGUUCUGCCAGGAGUUGGUUGGCAAUUACCACAAUCAGCGCAACCUUCCAGCCGCCAAUGGCACGUCGAGCUUGUCUGUUCAUCUUGCGAGCGGCACAAUCAGCGCAAGAACGUGCGUGCGAGUGGCUAGAGAUAGGAAUAAGACCAAAAAGCUGAACGGAGGCAACGAGGGAAUCCAGACGUGGAUUGGUGAAGUUGCCUGGCGUGAUUUCUAUAAGCAUGUUCUCGUCCACUGGCCAUACAUUUGUAUGAACAAACCAUUCAAACCCGAGUAUGCCAACAUCUCAUGGUCAUACGACGAAGAUCACUUCAAGGCUUGGUGCGAAGGCAAAACUGGGUUUCCCAUUGUGGAUGCUGCCAUGCGCCAGCUUAAUCACUUGGGUUAUAUGCAUAACCGCUGCCGAAUGAUUGUUGCAUCAUUCUUGGCCAAGGACUUGCUCAUCGACUGGCGCAAAGGCGAGAGAUAUUUCAUGGAACACCUAGUAGAUGGUGAUUUUGCAAGCAACAACGGGGGCUGGGGGUUCAGUGCCAGCGUUGGGGUGGAUCCGCAACCCUAUUUCCGCAUAUUCAACCCUCUCCUGCAAAGUGAGAAGUUCGAUCCGGAUGGAGAGUAUAUUCGGAAAUGGGUGCCAGAACUUGCGUCCGUCCAGGGCAAGGCGAUUCAUGAGCCAUACGGACGUGGGGCAGAGGCUGUAGCGAAGAAUAAUGGGUACCCUCGGCCUAUAGUGGUUCACAAGGAGGUGAGGGAGAAGGCACUGAGUGCAUACAAGGAUGGGCUUAGCAGCGGCAUGUAA